CCAGCAAAGCUAGAAGAAAAAAAAGACAAAAUGGCUGCGUCCAAGUUAGCCAGGCUUACAACUAAAAAUUCGGCAUUAUUUCUGUGUGACAUGCAAGAAAAGUUCCGGAAAACAAUAUCUUUUUACCCACAAAUUCUUACUGUUUCUUCAAGAAUGUUGCAAGCUUCGCAGAUUUUAGAUAUACCAGUUGUUGUCACAGAGCAGUAUCCAAAAGGUCUUGGUCCUACAGUGUCAGAAUUAGAUGUCAGUAAGUGUCCAGUUUUUCCAAAGAUGAAGUUCUCUAUGAUGAUUCCAGAGGUUGUGGAUCAUAUGAAACAGUUUCCAAAUGUGAACACGAUCAUGCUGUGUGGGAUAGAGUCCCAUGUUUGUGUCCAGUCUACAGUUUUAGAUCUCAAGGAAAAGGGGUACGAUGUAAACGUUAUUGUAGAUGCAGUCUCGUCAAGAUCUAUGGUUGACAGAAUGUUUGCAUUGCAACGUAUGAAAGAGGCUGGUGCCCAUUUAACUACUAGUGAGAGUGCAAUACUUGGAUUGUGCGGGGGAUCAGAUCAUCCGAAUUUCCGAGAGAUACAGAAGAUUAUUUGGGACGCAGCCCCAGACAGUGGUUUAUUAGGACACACAAUUGGCGGAGAAACUCCAGUAUGAAAAACCAGCCAUAUAAUAUAAAGCAGUGCCAAUCAUUUGUUAAUUUGUGAUUUGUUAUAGAUUAAUUAAAUAAGAAUAACCAAUUAAAUGUUGAUUGUGGUGUGGUAAUUGUCUGUAAAUUUGUGUUACUGGUAUCAUAUAACUUGUUGUGUCAAGUACAAUGUUAUUAUCUGAUAAUGAUCGAAAGUUGUUUGUUUAUUUCAGAAUGUUUGGUCAUCCUUCGAAAUGAACUGAUAUUUUUGCCUUUAGAAUUCAUUUUGAUUUUGCCAUGUGCCUUAUAGGCAUACAUAACAAAGGUCAUUGGUUCUACUUGGGCACUAUUGACAUGACUUUUUCAAAAGACUUUUUAGUAAAGCUUGAAAGUUGUCAUUCAAUAUUUUUUUUUAAAGUGCUGUCGCGAUACACAAUAAAUUAAAAUUUUCCCCGACAUAAAGGGCAGUGCUAAGGGACUUUUUAAAGAUGUUAGUACUGUAGAGUGUUUAUCUACAACAUGGAUACUUCAGUUUGCAUCAUAUUUAGAGCAUUGGUGUGAUUGACUUUAAGGUCAAAAUAUUUACAUUUAAUGCUUCAGUACUUCUGAUAUACCAAUUUAAGAUCAAACCUGGUAAAAAUUUGUUGUAAAUAUAAAUAUUUUUAUACAUGUUUUCCAUAAUCAAGAAUAAAAUUUAUUUAACUGA